UAUGCCUAUUUGAAAUGACAAGUCAAUAGCCUAACAUUCGUUUUUUAAAGUUCGUCCAAGUGUUUCUUGCACAGAGAUUUCGAGAUCCUCUGUCCAACUUUCAUUCCUCAAACUCUUCUGUUGGAUUGAUCAAUAGUUAUGCACAUGCACAUAAGGGAUUUAUUUACAAUCAUAGCAGUUAAAUCUAUAUCCAAUGACUGAAAAUGAUCUGGCGAGUUUAAUAAGAACGAAUUGUUUUUUGUCUUGGGACAUAUUCAAAUUCCUUUAUUAUUCAUGUUAGCUUGCAAUAAUGAUUAUUUUGAUGGAAAACCAAAUGUAACUUCUUACGUCGAUAUUCCUUCUUAAUUCGCUCCAUAACGUUAUGGAAAAGGCGAUAACUAUGGCAAAAUGUGUCAACUCCUCUCUUGCGGCUGAAAAAAAAAAUCGGCAAAUUUUCAGGCCUUGUGGACGGGUUUUGAUAAUAGGGCUAGACAUUUUUAAUACACCUGGCAACCCUGAUCGCAUUCUUCAGAAUAAAGAAACGCCAUAACUGUGAUGUCAAGAGGAUAACUUUUGUGUCCGUUUCUCUUCAUUACUAAAGAUUAAGUCUGAGACCGGUAACAUCAACAGUGAGGACAAACCCAGCCUGCCUCUCUCCUUCCACACUGAGUCCAAACCUACAGUCACUGGGUCCUGAUUGUGACAGUGGAGCCCAGUUUGCACUGCAGGAUCCAGAGAUGGCAUCAGUGAAGCUGGAAGACUGCAGUCAAACACUGGAGCUGAAUGUCAACAUUAAAGAUGAAGAGGAGGAGAUUGGUAAAUCUCUUAAUCAUGGCCGACUCAGGUCAAGUCUGAGGCCGGUAACAUCAACAGUGAGGACAAACCCAGCCUGCCUCUCUCCUUCCACACUGAGUCCAAACCUACAGUCACUGGGUCCAGAUUGUGACAGUGGAGCCCAGUUUGCACUGCAGGAUCCAGAGAUGGCAUCAGUGAAGCUGGAAGACUGCAGUCAAACACAGGAGCUGAAUGUCAACAUUAAAGAUGAAGAAGAGGAGGAGGAGAUUGGUAAAUCUGUUAAUCAUGGAGACCAUGUUGAGACAUUCUCUACAUCCAGAGAGCAACAGCAGGAAGAUCACAGAGCUAAGAGGUCUCACCACUGCCCAAAUUGUGAGGAGAUUUUCCCAUUUCUAUCAAAUCUAAAAAUACACCUAAAAAUACACACAGACCAGAAUCUGUAUUCCUGCACAGAUUGUGAGAAGAGAUUCACAACAUCACAGGCUCUGACAGCUCAUCAGAAAGUGCACACUGGAGAGAAGCCAUACUUCUGCUUUGUCUGUGGGGAAAGUUUCUCUCAACAGGGCCACUUAAAAACACACCAUCGAAUACACACAGGAGAGAAGCCAUACUCCUGCUUUGACUGUGGGGAGAGUUUCUCUCAACAGGGCCACCUAAAAACCCACCAACGAAUACACACAGGAGAGAAGCCAUACUCCUGCUCUGACUGUGGAAAGAGUUUCUCUCAACUGGGCAGCUUAAAAACACACCAACGUAUACACACAGGAGAGAAGCCUUACUCCUGCUCUUACUGUGGGGAGUGUUUCUCUCAACUGGGCAACUUAAAAACACACGAACGUAUACACACAGGAGAGAAGCCUUUCUCCUGCACUGACUGUGGGAAGAGCUUCACAACAUCACAAGCUCUGACAGUUCAUCAGAGAGUGCACACUGGAGAGAAGCCUUACUACUGCUCUGAAUGUGGAAAGAGUUUCUCCCAAUUGGAUAUGUUAAAAUGUCACCAACGAAUACAUACAGGAGAGAAGCCUUACUCCUGCUCUGACUGUGGAAAAAGUUUCUCUCAACUGGGCAACUUAGAAGCACACCAACGUAUACACACAGGAGAGAAGCCUUACUCCUGCUCUGACUGUGGGAAGUGCUUCACAACAUCAGCUGAGCUAAAAGUUCAUAAAAGAUCACACACAGGAGAGAAGCCUUACACCUGUUCAGACUGUGGAAAGAGUUUCUCCCGAUUGGAUAUGUUAAAAUGUCAUCAGCGAAUACAUACAGGAGAGAAGCCUUAUUCCUGCUCUGACUGUGGAAAAAGUUUCUCCCAACUGGGCAACUUAGAAGCACACCAACGUAUACACACAGGAGAGAAGCCUUACUCCUGCUCUGACUGCGGGAAGAGUUUCUCCCGAUUGGAUACCUUAAAACGCCACAAAUGUACACAUAAAGGACAGAAGCCCCAUCAGUUCUCUCAGACCAGCUAAGAAUUAAAGUCACUCCAUCACUUAAAUAUGCCCUAUGUAGAAAUCACUCCACCAUUUCCUGGAUGUUAAAAUUGCAAUAGUUCUAAUAGCCUAAAACAAGCAGUCAUUGUACCAUCUAAACCGCUGAGAAAUAUAUUUUCCAUAACCAAAAUAUUGUAUUUUGAGCUGUUGUACAAAAACGGAAGUAAAAAAACGCAAAAAACAAAACUUCAGAACAGGAAAGCAUAGAAAUAGUGCACAUAGAAUAGAUCUACUGCUUCUUAGACCGAAAGAAGCCUCACUCCUUGUCUGACUGGAAAAUGCUUCACAGCACUGGGUGAUCUAAAAGUUAAUCAGCGAACACACACUGGGGAAAAGCCUGUGUGUACUGCACUGCCUGUGGGAAUAUUUUAUCUCUAUUGGACACCUUAGCUAGGCUUGGGCUUUAUCCAGAUUGUCAUACCUUCAUACCGACCUUGUGCCAUACUGGAAUAUUAGGUAAUACUGGCACUGAACACAAGGGGUGCUAUUUUCAAACCCCACAAUGCCUCUGAAGGUUAGCGAUGCUAACAAAUCCCAUAGAGAAUGCUAACGAGGUCUCUGACCGAAACGUUUUUUUCAGAACAGACAUCCCAGCUCAAAGUUAUACAAGCAGCAAAUAAAUGGUACUCACAGUUCACUGCACGCAAAAAAAAUAUAUGUAUAUUAGACAGCAUCCAGGAGUAGUUAGCUAACUAACUACUAUAUUAGCAAACCAAAUGCACAACUGCAGAGCAUUUAGCACAUUUUAGACUGUUAACUUAAAGGGAUAUUCCUCAUCUCCAGCACCACCCCAACAUCAACAUGUGAAUAUUGCGUGUAUCUGUAGUAAAAAAAGAUUGAGGAAGAUAAGUGUUUCUAAUGACAUCAUCGGUGGGCAUCGUGUGAUUUUUGACCAAUUUAUGAGGAGGCAUUGCCUACUAAUUGGUUGAUGAUGUCAUUUUCACAUGUUGAUGUUUGGUUGGUGCUUCAUUUCCCUUUAAUAGAGUUAUAAGAUAUUAUAUAUUUAUUUGUCACAUAUAUGUACCGACAGAUGUAGCCUAUUGAAUACCAUUAUAGAAUAUGCAUUAAAUGCAUCCUCCAAUUGUAAAGUCUGUCUGUGCCCAUACAGGAGACAGUGUUGAGAGCAGCAUGAAGAUCACAGAGCAGAGGUCUCAUCACUGCCAGUUCUCUCAGAACAGUUAAGAUUAGAGUCAUAAAAUAAGUUGUAACAGUAAAUUUAAUCAAAUGAAGAAAGCGUAGAACACUCUAUUGUAAUCCUAUUGUUUCUCACUGUGAGCGAACUGUGCAGAGGAAAGAGAGCGUUAUAAAAUGUUAACCUCUUUACUUUACUGAUCACUGUGCACCUUGUCUGUUUUGGUGUGUUUUGUUAGCUUCUAGUGUAAAGAUAUUGAGAUGACCUUGGAUUUUCAUUUAGUGUUAAGUGUGAGGCUUUUCAUUUUAAAAACAAACAGUUUAUAGUUUAACAGUUGAUGGGGUGGUACUGCUUCCCUCUCAGCCUGGUCUGACUCUGUCUGUGGG